AUGUUAAAACGUGGAUGCGCCGGAAUGGAACUUGAAAUGGACGAGUCAAUGCAAACAACGCCGCCAAAAAAUCCGAGAAGAGAGGAUGAAAGGAAUGGACAGCAACAAACACCCCAAACUCCUUCACCUUCUCGUUUGGUAUAUCAAAUGAAUGUUUUAGACGCAGCUUUGACCCAUUAUUUUAGUCCUAAAAGAAAAUCACCAAGUCGGAUAGCUGGGAGAGCACAAAGAAAAUUAAACUUUGGAGUUGUCGAUUCUGAACAAGAAGAGGAAGAAAAAGAAGAUAUUUUAAUGGAUGAACAAAAGAUGGAAUCUUCAACCAGAAAACUCAAAGUACAAAAAAUUGGGGGGAAAGGACCUCUUGAUUGUAAUAUUUCUGCAAUCAGGCUUUGCUUUAAUGAAUUGGAUGACUAUUUACCUAAAAAUUUAAUUUUAAAAGAAAGGGAAUUAAAUCUUUUUCAAGAAUGGUUUAAUUUACUUUUUAGUGGAGAAUUUAAUAUUUUGGUACAUGGAUUGGGAUCUAAACGGAAAUUAUUUGAAAAUUUUCGAGAAUUUUUGUCUUCCUAUCAUUGCUUUGUUAUUGAUGGUUUAUUUCCUGGAAUGUCAGUUUCUACAAUUUUUGAACAAAUUGAAAUUAAUUUGGAACUGAACUCACGUGUAAAAUUUAAAACAAAAAUAAAUGAUUGGGCAAAAGGUUUUUUUCGGAUUUUUAAAUUAUUUUGAAUUUUUUAGAAUUAAUUGACAAAAUAAAAGAAGAGUUUAUUUUUAUUUUAAUUAAUCAUAUUGAUUCACCCCAACUUCGAUCAAGACAACAACAAGAAGCUCUUUCAAUUCUCGUUAGGUCAAAGAGGAUUCGUUUAAUUGCUAGUGUUGAUCAUGUAAAUGCAGCUCUCUUGUGGGAUCAGGUUUUUAAUUUUUGGAUAAAUAAGGCUCGGGG